AGGGGGUCCGUAGGGGUAGUCCGCGGACCCGGUCCGUAGUGGGGGUCCGCGGACCGGGGCUCAGUGUUUUCGGGUCACCCAAAGAGUCAUAGCUCAUUAGCAAGUUGUUUAAGAUUCCUUUUGGUUAAUAAGGAAACACAGCUGGCGAAACUCGAUUAAUCAAGCUUUACACAAGUUUUCAAGGACAAAACAUUGCUUUGAUUUCGAAUUAUUCAACCCUUUUCUUCGUAGGUUUUACUUCUCAGCUCUCUUARCGUCGAACGAAAACAUAAUAUCUGUCAACAACCAUGUUGUUGGCCAGCGAUACACUGAUACACUUCACACACAAGUCGAGAUAUCUAAGAAGGAAAGUGCCGAAGGUAGAUUCAAUUCCGGCAAGUUAAGAUCGAAUUCGAAGAGACCAGAAACGGAAAUAAUUUAUCUUUCAACCGUAGAGAUUCGACGAACCGCGAAGUUUCGAUUCCUAAGAUCAUCUGUUUAGCACUGAAAAUGGUGGCUUUGUAAAUCGAGCAGAAGUCAUCUACAGCUAUUACUUGGCCUGCGGAACAUUUCAUAUGGAUGUCAUUCCAGAUUUCUUUCAGCAUCGGAUGUGAACGAACCUCCUAUAAGUCAUAUUUCCACAUCACCAUCAGCGCAUGGAGAUGUUUGCCGUUCAGCGAUCAGAUGAAAAUGAGCUCCGGGGAAAAUUUCUUCCGGCAUGCUUUGCGAGUUGUGUCUAACACCGUCUGAUUCAUGCCCUAGCGUGCAUCAUUGAGUUAUGACAGUUAUGAUGCCCUCGGGAAGUUUCGAGAGCACCAAAGAAGCCUAAGUGUUGCUCGAGGCGGAACUAUUUCUUGUUCAGUCUUACUUACACGUAAGUUGGACCUUUGUGAUCAGAUGUAUGUUUGAAGACAAUGAUCACGCUUUAGUACACGUAGACGUGGACAGAACACAUUCGCAUCCUGUGUAGAAACAAUCAUCCCGGAAUAACAACCUGUGGGUUUUUCACAAUGUUGCGGUAUUAACCUAAUUACUUAUAUACCCGUAUUAGGAAGUUUGAUUGACGGAACUCACUUAUCGGUCGGUUGCGUAGCAGAGAAAACGAUAACGAGAUAUUUCCGCACUCCAGGGGCGAAACAGAUUCGUGGUAAGUUUCGAAUCCAAAGCUAGAAUUCAGCCUUUAGCUGGAUAGGUUCUCGGUAACACGACUUGAGAAACUAUUGUGUGCUAGCGAGUACACAAGAGAUCGGUUCUUCGAAUUUGAAAGCACAAUGAUUGACAGCUGUAUAGUUUUUGGCCGUUCAGUAUUCAUCAGUCAUUGAUCAUUUUAAACGUGUUUGGUCAGAAACGGUCUAAUGAUCAUCUAUUAAAUUCAUGUCUGUAGUAAUGUCUAGCUAAUAAGCAUAGUUAAAGAAAACUACAAUUAGCUGCCUUCCAACUCAAGGAAAGACAAUCAAAACCAGCAACAAUCAGAGGAAGAUCGACGAUUAAUAGUUUGAAAAUUGUCAUUCUAAAUCAUUUUGCACCCUGAGAAGGUAAAUUUGGUAGGACGUUUCGGAGACACAAUACAAAGCAAUGAAUAACAGCACUUUGCCGUCUAAUUCAUCAUCAGCGGACUUCAAGUUCUUUCUUUACACACAGCUCGCUACUGGCAUCUCCUUGGCAGUUCUAUCACCAAUAACAAUCACGAGUAAUGUGUUAUUAUUACUCACUAUCUCGAAGGAUCCUCUCAAAUGCUUCCGAGCUCCAGCUACGUAUCUCAUCAUCGCUUUAGCCUUGGUCGACUUAGCGACGGGCCUGCUUGUUGAGCCUUUCUUUGUAAUGUAUCGUGUGGCUAGUUAUAUGCAAUGGUCCUCUACACCAGGAGAGCCAUACAACAGUUUGAGCCAAAUUGCAACUUGGAUUUCCACCGUGGUCCUCAACACGUCGUUUCUGUUUGUUCUGGGUCUUAUUUGGUCGCAGUUUCUUGCCAUAACAUACCCGCGUCACCAUCACUCAGUCGUGACAACACGUACGAUCUUCGGGUUUGUUGGGUUCUCGCUCGUUUACUUCACCGGAUUUGCGUUGCUGCAGUUCGCGGGAGUUUCCACGUUUACCUUGUUGCAAGUAGACCUGCACCUUCACGCAACACCUGUCACGAUCUUGCUCAUAAUCGGUUGUGGCAUGCUUUUGAAGUCGUUUCAUCGAUAUGCCACAGCGUCUCGUGAGUUUGUGGUUGCGCGCAGCCAAGAGGAUCGAGACAAGAUCAGGCCUCUAUCGAAACAAAUAAACGAGAGACAGUUUACGAUUGUAAUCUUACUGUUAUCAGGAAUUCUCAUAUUGUGCACUCUGCCUCAUAUCAUUACUGUCCAUAUCAUCUUUUACAAGAAGCAGGAAACUCUACAAGAGAGCCUCGAUUUGUGGGCCGCGACCACUCUCGCGGACGAAAUGAUGUUUCUGAAGGUGGCAUUAGAUGCGUUCAUCUACGCGUGGAGACUGAAAAAAUACCGAAGGUCGUUGAAACUAGUGAUUACUUGCCAAACACAUCAAGCCGAAUCUGUAGCCCUUGAAAUGACAACAGUGACGAACAAUGCUCAAAGUUUAAGCCGUUGUCACUGACCUGAAACGAUUUAAGACAGACUCCAAACACUUUCCACUGUCAGUUGGGCGGUGAUUUAUGCUGGCUGGAUGUUGUACUGUAAUUUUAUCGAAAGGACGCCAAAAACUGAUGCGAGGCUGCUACGGUGCUCGCAAGACUGAGAUACCGUUUUAGACAAGUGGAACCAUUGAAAUGUAACCUCUAUUGCAACUGGCCUUUAUCGAAGAGCUGGUUCUUUUCUCCAGGAUUAAUUAAUUAAUCGAACCAAACCGAAAUAGUAAGACUCAUGAUUAAUCGACAUCACUCUAGUCGUUCGAUUGUUUUUUUUUUUCAUUGCUUUGGCAAUCAAACACAAUCGAACUCUACCAAAGUUUUGGUGAGUUCGAUUACCGAACUAAAUCGAACCAAUCUAACUGAAUUGGUUCGAUUUUGUUCGAAUAAAAGCGCACAAAUACCGAUAUAAACUAUGUUCAUUUAUAUAACAUAUAUUUUUAUUACUGUAAGAAAUUCAAAAGUCCAUAAGAUGUAGGAGAUAAUACUACGCGAAACAUUAACAGCAUAGCAAACUGAAUGAAACCGCCCUGGUAAUAAAAAGUCCCGGGCGGGUUAAAACUCCGUUAAAACUGCGUUUUGAGUAACGUGGCCUUUUGUUAGGAAAUUUCAUGCUAAGAAAAGGCGCUAAUUCUUCUUUAUUCAAUCAUUGUUUACUACUUGGUAGAUAUUACAUUUACUCCUGUAAGUAAUUACAUUUAUUUCAUCAUGCAUUUAUUACAUUUAAUCCUCAAUAGAAUACGUUAAUCAGGUUAGAUGCAAUUUAAAAAUAGAAAAACACGUUUCAAUUGUUACAGGAACACAAAACGCAUUCCAACAGAAGGGCACAAAAUACUCCAGUCAUUAAAACGCCCUGAUCUCUCCUUUGACCUGUUGUUUAAACAGCAAUUUACUUGAAUGAUAUUUAGGUUCUCCUUUUGCCAAAGGAACAACUUUACUUCAGUAUUUCAUGACCCUAUAUUUCGCUUUCUUUCCUUUUUCUUUAGUUUUUGUUGUAUAUUUACUUUUGUCCGUUGUUAGAACAAUGUGUUAGUGGCAGUAGUAAUAUUGUAUCUGUUAGCUGUAUUAUUUUUAGUUUUGACCCUAUUAGUCGUAUUGUCGUUAAUUAGAAUCGAUUCUUGGUAAAAAAAAAAAAAAGGUAUGUUAGUAUUUUAGAUAUUGCUAGUAUUGUAAGCAAUGUUGAUUGCUAUUGUAAUUUGUAAGUAAUGCUUGUGAUGCAAGUAAGUUUAGUCUCGUAAUAUUGUAAAUUGCAAAAACAGAAAGAAAAAAGAAAAGGCGCCAUUUAUCAACA